AUGAAAAUUGUGCGCUGUAUGGACAACUUUCUUUUAAUUUUUUCAUUAAAUAUGUCACCAUCAUAAAUUUUUUUAUCGUAUAUCUUUGCUUUUACAAGACUUUUUAACCGUGACUGUAUCACGUUGAUUUCGUAAGAGGGAUUUUUAUGCUCUGGUAUCACGCGGGAUAACGAUAACUGGAGGCUCAAAGGCUCAUGGAUGGUGUUAGAAAGUCGACACCUGCAAGUUGAUGUGUCUUUUCCAGUAAUUUCCAGUCCACACUUGCCCGAAAAUGGAAAGUCAUGACUUGGUGAAUUGAGCAAUACUUCAGAAGCAAGCCAAUUUAACAGUUAGUUCACUAUCCAAGCAAAAUGGAAAACUACACUAUUUUAGGACGUAUUGGUGAAGGAGCCCAUGGCAUUGUAUCUAAAGCUAAACAUAUUGAGAGUGGGGAAAUUGUUGCCUUGAAGAAAGUACCUCUGAGAAAACUCGAGGAUGGUAUCCCAAAUACAGCCCUGAGAGAAAUCAAGGCCUUACAAGAAAUAGGUGAUAACCCAUAUGUGGUGCGACUAUCAGAAGUGUUUCCAUACGGAACAGGAUUUGUUCUUGUGUUUGAGUACAUGCUGUCAGAUUUAUCUGAGGUCAUACGGAACACAGACAAACCUCUCACAGAAGCUCAGGUGAAGAGCUACAUGCUGAUGCUUCUGAAAGGAGUGGAUUUUUGUCAUGAAAACAAUAUCAUGCACAGGGACCUGAAACCCGCCAACCUGCUCAUUAGCUCCACUGGACACCUGAAAAUAGCUGACUUUGGCUUAGCUCGUGUAUUUCAAAACAAUGGGGAAAGAUUAUACAGCCAUCAGGUUGCUACAAGGUGGUAUAGAUCUCCAGAGCUGUUGUAUGGAGCAAGGAAAUAUGAUGAGGGUGUAGACUUGUGGGCGGUAGGGUGCAUUUUUGGAGAACUGUUGAACAAUUCACCAUUGUUCCCUGGUGAAAAUGACAUCGAACAACUUUGUUGUGUUCUUCGUGUGUUAGGAACACCCAGUGAGAAAACUUGGCCGGGAAUAACUGAUCUACCAGACUACAACAAGAUCACUUUCCCAGAAACACCUCCCAUUCCAUUUGAGGAAAUCUUGCCAGAUGCUUCUGCAGAAGCUUUGGAUCUUUUGAAGAAAUUCUUGGUGUACCCAUCAACAGACCGAAUUUCAGCAAAAGCAGCACUACUCCAUCCCUAUUUCUUCACGGAACCUCUGCCUGCCCAUCAUUUUGAGCUGCCAAUUCCACAGCGUACAAGGCGCCUUCAUAGAAGACAACAUGCACACGAUUACAACAUUGACACUCCUCUGGAAAAAUCACUUGUGGACCCAGAUUUUCUGGCACCCUAUGCGAUCCAGUGGUGAUUUUUCCUUCCAUUUCAACUUCGGAUCACGGUCAUAUUCAGUCAUGCUCAUUGAAGUGUAAAUACUUCUACUUAUGUUCAUUCUGUUGCAUCUAUUCUAAGAGUGAUUUCUAAAAGGAUGGAUGAUGCUCUACAAGAUUUUUAAGCAGCCUUCACUAUUUUAAAACGUUCACUUUUUGAUGUAAUUUUAUGUCCCUGAUGUAGUCUUGUUUUUUUAGGUGUUGCAUUUUUAAAUCUACACAGAUUUUACCUUAAGCAUAUGUUUCCAAGUUUUGUAUAAAAGAUUUGUAUAUGUGCUCAGAAAACUGUAUAUGGACAUUUUAUGUUUUGAAUAUUGUGAGAUCAGUGACCCCUCUGACGGAUCAUCCAUCCACACAAUAAAUUUGUUCGACUGUAAAUCACUGAAUUCAUACACCCAAGCUUUUAUGUCCAAACUAGAAUUAUUUCAUUUCUUAAAUUGUCUCUAAAACAAUCAUCUGUAUAGUACUUGUAUAAACACCAUUUUGCACAUUUCCGUCCAAUUCUUGUAUGAAUUCUCAAGGUGUACAUGGAUGUUUGGUCGUUGCACAUGUUAGAAUACAUAUUUUACAGCUGUGAUGAAUGGCGUGGGUUUUUUUUUUUGGGAGGUGUACACCUGGAUUCGUUAUAGUUUAUCAUUAGGCUACUGAAUGCUGAGUCCGUUUUAUUGUCAUCCGCUGUGAAUGACAUAUUUGGCUGAUUGAUGAGGCCGGAUGGAUUUCCACGUUGUUUACUUCGGUAUGAGAUGACGGAGAGCUAUUAUGGGUGUGAUGAAUCACGGCCACAUACGCAGAUAUGUUGUUCAGAAAGCGUUUUUUUUUCCUUCCUUAAGUAUAUUUUGUCUUUAUCAAUAAAAAAAGUUUUCCUUUAAGUUGGAACUAAUGUAACAGAAUAUGAUAUAUUAGUACAUUAGUCACAUUUAAAACUACGUACUUGUUUUCGUAGUUCACAAUGUUAUACGACUUGGUGACUGAUUGGAUUAUCGGGAGAAGGGUGACUCGUACAGCGGGGGAAAAAGUGACGCCUGUCGUCAGUUUCCGUGAUAAACAAUUAUCUCAGGUGAAGAAACACGAACUCUUCUGGCUUUUGAAUCUAGAAUCGUGUCAUAUGUGCGCAAAGCCUGGGAUCUUUUUGUCACAACCUGUCUCCUACUUCUGUCGGAAAGAAGCUGUUAAAACCAAAGUAAACCUACAAAACAUGAUAAACAAAUACUAACAUAAUGCCUUUACAAAGAAAAGUUAUAGCCUUUACUUCUUUCUCUUUCAAUGAAGCCCUCUGCUGUCUUCAUUUUAUUUCUUGCACAGACAUCUUGUUGCUUUCAGACCCAGUAUACAAGUGAAGACCUAUACUCUGGUGUUGAUGAUUAUAGAGGCACAGUUGCUGAACGUUGCAUUGUUUUUCAUUUUCAUGUAUAAGUAACUGUGUAAAUUUUAAGAUCUGGUGAACUUGCUCUGUAAGGUGCUCAGCAAAUGGAAUAAAGCACAAGACUUCCAACAGUUCUAUCAUCAAUAACGUGAAUAUCAGUGCUGAAGAUUAAUAGAGUAUAUACAUGUAUAUAUGAUGUGCGCAGUCCACAUACAUAUGUUUAUAUUGGACUUGCAGCACCAAUGGAUAAGGGUUAGGGCAUCAUGCAGAUCGCGCAUAAAGCUGGGGACCUCAUUACAUGAAGUCAUGAGGAAAUAACCGCUGGCUGUGUAUAUAUAAUCUAAUGAUAUACACUGGCUAGGAACUGCAUCCCAUACAACUAAAAAAACACGUAGACCUGUAUGUUACCGGUUUGAAUAAUUGCACACACAUGCGUUUAUAAAAGUGGUCAGUAGUUGUAUUUAGAUGUCGAUGUUUAUAUUGGACGUAAUAAAUAUUUUUCAUGAAAUGCAGGUUUGCACUGGUUUUAAUUGUUCAGCAAAAAGCUGCCAGAGUUUUACUGU